AUGACGGCAUUUGAGGAAUUUGGAGUACUUCCCGAACUUGGGAAGGCGAUAGACGAAAUGGAAUGGACCCUUCCUACCGACGUACAAGCUGAAGCAAUUCCUCUUAUUCUUGGUGGUGGAGACGUCCUUAUGGCAGCCGAGACUGGUAGUGGUAAAACCGGCGCUUUUUGUCUGCCAAUAUUGCAGAUAGUUUGGGAAACAUUAAAAGAUAUUCAAGACGGGAAAACUAGUAGAGUAAUACAGGCCGUAUCGUCAGAGUGUACAAUGUCUUUCUUUGAUCGUACUGACGCUCUAGCUGUUACUCCAGAUGGAUUGCGAUGUCAGUCUAGAGAUUUUAAUGCAUGGCAUGGAUGCAGAGCUACCAAAGGUGUACAUACCAAAGGUGUCUAUUAUUAUGAAGCUACUGUCACCGAUGAAGGACUGUGCCGUGUUGGCUGGUCAGCACAAGGCGCUAGACUGGAUCUUGGGACAGACAGGCUCGGUUUCGGAUUUGGUGGCACUGGGAAAAAAUCAAAUUGUAAACAAUUUGAUGACUAUGGAGAGGCUUAUGGCAAAAAUGAUGUAAUUGGUUGUCUACUUAAUUUAAACAAUGGUGAUAUACGUUUUUACAAGAACGGUCAAGAUUUGGGGGUUGCAUUUAAACUGGAUCAGUCUCGUAAAUCAGACUGUUAUUUCCCAGCAGUCGUGCUGAAGAAUGCAGAAAUAAGUUUUAAUUUCGGCACCACACCAUUUAAGUUUCCACCUAACUGUGAACAUAUUGCUGUAGCAAAUGCACCAAGGGAAUAUGUUAAAAAUAACACAGUUUCUGCUGUAGCAUCUGAUGGAGCGAAACAAGUCAAUAAUGCACCCCAAGCUAUUAUAAUUGAGCCGUCUCGAGAGUUAGCAGAACAAACAUGCAAUCAGAUUACACUGUUCAAGAAGUAUCUGGAUAAUCCAAAAAUUAGAGAGCUUUUAGUUGCCGGUGGUAUAAAUGUUAAGGAUCAAAUAAGUACACUCAAUGCAGGUGUUGACAUUGUUGUUGGAACACCCGGCAGGAUUGAAGAUCUCAUACAAGGAGGCUACUUGGCGCUAACCCAUUGUCGGUUCUUUGUGUUGGAUGAGGCUGAUGGGUUGCUAAAAUCUGGUUGCGGCGAAAUGAUCGAACGUCUGCACAGACAGAUACCUAAGGUCACCUCAGACGGGAGACGACUCCAGAUGGUUGUCUGCUCUGCCACAUUACACGCUUUCGAAGUUAAGAAGAUGGCGGAAAAACUAAUGCAUUUCCCCACAUGGGUAGAUCUGAAAGGCGAAGAUUCAGUGCCGGAGACAGUACAUCACGUCGUUGUCAAUGUUGAUCCACAGGAAGACAAGUCCUGGGAAACAGCACAGAAAAAAAUACCAACCGAUGGUGUUCAUGCCAGAGACAACAUAGACAAUAUGUCCCCGGAGACUUUGUCUGAGGCUGUGAAGGUACUUAAAGGAACCUACUGUGUACGAGCUAUCAGGGAACAUAAGAUGGACAGAGCAAUAAUCUUCUGUCGUACGAAACUCGACUGUGAUAACAUGGAGAAGUUCUUGAGGUCUUUCGGUGAGGACUUCUCCUGUGUAUGUCUCCACGGUGAUAGAAAACCCAAGGAGAGAAAAGACAACCUUGAGAUGUUCAAACAGAAACGCGUCAAGUUUCUCAUAUGUACCGACGUAGCGGCUAGAGGAAUCGAUAUAUCAGGAUUGCCGUUCAUGAUAAACAUAACUCUACCUGAUGAGAAGUCGAAUUACGUUCAUCGUAUUGGUCGUGUUGGUAGAGCUGAUCGUAUGGGUCUGGCCAUUAGCCUGGUCGCCACUGUACCAGAAAAGGUGUGGUAUCACGGCGAGUGGUGUUCCUCCCGCGGCCGGAACUGUUGGAACACAAACCUGACGGACGAACGGCCGAGAGGAUGCUGUAUGUGGUACCAGGAGCCGCAGUAUUUAGCUGACAUUGAGGACCACUUGAAUGUUACCAUACAACAAAUUGAGACUGACAUGAAGGUUCCGUGCAAUGAGUUUGAUGGGAAGGUAAUAUAUGGCCAGAAGAGGAAACAGAUGGGCUCAGGGUAUCAGGAUCAUGUCAGUCAGAUGGCGCCAGUGGUGCGGUCGUUGAAGGAAUUAGAAGCACAGGCUCAGAUGUACUACUUAAGGAUGUAUCAUAACGCCGAUGUUAUGUAA